AUGAAAAAUAUUGAGACAGAACCUAGUGAGCAUGAAUUCAUUGAGAAGAAACUAAAGAAAAUAGAAGAAAAGAGAUUGAUUAGAAAAUCAGGACAUACACAUUGGAAUGCAGAUGCAUUGUCUCAAAUAAAUAGAACGGGAGAUGAUAUUGUGGAAAUAUAUAUCGCAAUAGAAGAAAGUAAAGAAGAAUUAGUAAUGGAAACCAUCGAAGAACAAGCAAGUGAAAUGCAACCCAACUUACCUAAGUUUGAACAAGGCUACUCCAAUGCAGAAAAGACAACUUCAGAAACUCAUAACCUCCCAUUACUAUAUGGUUUCCUUAAAGGUCUUCAAUAUUUUCUCAGCCAUCGGGAUGAUAAAAAUUUAUGGUAUCAAAAUCAUGAUGCACUAAGAUAUUAA